CUAUGAUUGGUCAAUCCUUCUGCAUACAGCUGCAUCACAAAUUCACUUCCUCUUCCCCGGCGCAAAGAUGGCGGAGUACGACCUCACCACGAAAAUAGCCCACUUUUUAGACCGUCAUCUCGUUUUUCCUCUGCUGGAGUUCUUGUCCGUCAAAGAGAUCUACAAUGAGGAGGAACUUCUCCGUGGGAAACUGGAUCUCCUCAGUGACACCAACAUGGUGGACUUCGCCAUGGACGUCUACAGAAACCUCUAUUCCGACACGGAAAUUCCCCACACUCUCAGGGAGAAGAGGACGGAGGUGGUGGCCCAGCUGAAGCAGCUGCAAGGGGAGACGGAACCCAUCGUUAAGAUGUUUGAGGACCCGGAGGCGACGAGGCAGAUACAGUCCACCAGGGACGGACGAAUGCUCUUUGACUAUUUGGAAGAAAAGCACAACUUCCGUCAGGAGUAUUUGGACACACUGUACCGAUAUGCCAAGUUCCAGUACGAGUGCGGGAACUACUCCGGUGCCGCCGAGUACCUGUACUUCUUCCGUGUCUUGGUGCCGUCUACAGACAGGAAUGCCCUGAACUCGCUGUGGGGCAAGCUGGCCUCUGAGAUCCUGAUGCAGAACUGGGAGGCAGCCAUGGAGGACCUGACCCGCCUGAGAGAGACUAUUGAUAACAACUCGGUGAGCUCGCCUCUCCAGUCUCUUCAGCAGCGGACAUGGCUCAUUCACUGGUCGCUCUUCGUCUUCUUCAACCACCCCAAGGGCAGAGACAACAUCAUUGACCUGUUUCUUUACCAACCACAAUACCUCAAUGCAAUCCAGACUAUGUGCCCCCACAUCCUGCGUUACCUGACCACCGCGGUCAUUACCAACAAGGAUGUCCGGAAGCGCCGGCAGGUUCUGAAGGAUUUGGUGAAAGUCAUACAGCAGGAGUCGUACACCUACAAAGACCCAAUUACCGAGUUUGUGGAGUGCCUCUACGUGAACUUUGACUUCGACAGCGCCCAGAAGAAACUAAGGGAGUGCGAGUCUGUUCUCGUGAAUGAUUUCUUCCUGGUGGCGUGCCUGGAGGACUUCAUUGAAAACGCCCGACUCUUCAUCUUCGAGACAUUCUGCAGAAUCCACCAGUGCAUUAGCAUCAGCAUGCUGGCCGACAAGCUGAACAUGUCUCCCGAGGAGGCCGAGAGAUGGAUCGUCAACCUCAUCCGCAACGCCAGGCUGGACGCCAAGAUUGACUCCAAACUGGGUCAUGUUGUCAUGGGGAACAACGCCAUAUCGCCUUACCAGCAGGUGAUUGAGAAAACCAAGAGCCUCUCGUUCCGCAGCCAAAUGCUGGUUAUGAACAUUGAGAAAAAGCAGGCCGCCAGCAACAGAAACGAGACACCAAACUGGGCCGGCCAGGAAGGCGGAUUUUAACUACCUGGUGACGACGGAUCACACUCGUCGAUCAAAAAAGGAAAAUGAAAUUAAAAAAAAAAACCCAACCAAAAACGCUGUACUUUUUUAUGCUCUCGGUUCGAGUCAUCACCAGCUCAAUAAAAGUGACCAGUGAAACCGUU